CGUGACCCGACCCUUCCCAACACACCACUUUGGCCCAAUACCGAAAGCGGUGCGUGUUUUGAUAACGCUCUGAUAACGAUUUGCACUAUCGUGUGCUUCGAUCUCUCUCUGUCGGUGAAAGCGGUUGCGUGUUCCGGUCGGAAAGAUGGCCUGCUCGAAAGCUCUGCAGCGUAGCUCAGCUGUUCUGUUGCGAAAUGUGCUCCCGGCCCAAGGUCAGCUGGCUGUACGUGCGAGCUCCUGGUGGAGCGGCGUACAGAUGGGACCGCCGGACGUUAUCCUAGGCGUGACGGAAGCGUACAAGCGCGACACGAACCCGAAAAAGAUCAACCUGGGCGUCGGUGCGUACCGUGACGAUAGCGGCAAACCGUUCGUGCUGCCCAGCGUAAAAAAGGCCGAGCAGCGGCUUGCACAGAAGCAGCUCGAUCACGAAUACUCGCCCAUCGGUGGAACGGCCGAAUUUUGCAAACACAGCAUCUUGCUGGCGCUGGGCGAAUCAAGCGAGCACGUCGCGAAUGGGCUGAACGCCACGGUGCAGGGCAUCAGUGGAACCGGUGCGCUACGCAUCGGUGGUGCCUUCCUGGCCAGCUUUUUCCCCGGCCCGAAGGAUAUCUAUCUACCGACUCCGUCCUGGGGCAACCAUGGGCCAAUCUUCCGCCACUCGGGGCUGAACGUUAAGGCGUACCGCUACUACGAUCCAUCAACCUGUGGCUUUGAUUUUGCUGGCGCGCUGGAAGAUCUGUCGAAAAUCCCAGAAAAGUCAAUAGUAUUACUCCAUGCGUGCGCCCACAAUCCCACCGGCGUCGACCCGAAACCGGAACAGUGGGCCGAGAUGUCGGCCCUCAUCAAGAAGCGCAAUCUGUUCCCGUUCUUCGACAUGGCCUACCAGGGCUUUGCGAGCGGUGACGUCGACAAGGAUGCGCUGGCGGUGCGCGAGUUCUUGCGCGAUGGCCAUCAGAUUGCGCUGGCCCAAAGCUUCGCCAAGAACAUGGGCCUGUACGGUGAGCGCGCGGGAGCGUUCUCGCUGGUCACGGGCAGCAAGGACGAAGCCGACCGUACGAUGUCGCAGAUCAAGAUCCUGAUCCGACCGAUGUACUCGAACCCGCCCAUCCACGGUGCCCGGCUGGUGGCCGAAAUUUUGGGCGACAAAUCGCUCCGCCAGGAGUGGCUCGGUGACGUGAAGCUGAUGGCCGAUCGUAUCAUCUCCGUGCGCUCCUCGCUGCGCAACAACCUGAAGGAGCUGGGCUCGUCGCGCAACUGGUCGCACAUUACCGACCAGAUCGGCAUGUUCUGCUUCACGGGCAUGAAUCAGCAGCAGUGCGAGCGUUUGUCGAAGGAGUUCAGCGUUUACCUCACGAAGGACGGCCGUAUUUCGAUGGCGGGCGUUACCUCGAAGAAUGUGGGCUAUCUGGCCGAAGCGAUCCAUGCCGUUACGAAGUAAACGGUGCGCGGACAGUUAGACUGCAGACCGAUUUUUCUGACGCCGAGCGACAUUGUAAUGCAUUUAGAAUGCAUUUUCCUUAUCGAUGAUCUACAGUGCUUUAAAGAAUACUGGAAUUACCAUAGUGAAACAUUUGAAAACAAAAAAACACACAACGCAAUCCUAUGCUACACUGCAGGGCGAGCAAGAACGUGUUUAGGAUACGCAUUUUUUUUCUACACCCGACAUUUAUCCAAUAUGUAUAGAGCACCUUUAGUGGCUUAAUUUAUCGCAGCGCGUAACAGUGCGUGUGCUUAUGCUGAUUGUGUAUACGGGCGAAUUGCGCCAGCAUAUCAGAGACCAGUCAGAGACAUCACGACCAGAGAGAAAAUCAAUCUAAUUGAUGAAAAGUGAGCUAUUAGGCAUAGGCGUUUCAUUUUGUUUUUUUGAUAUGCACAUUCUUCCAGCUGAUAUUUCGACACUUUCUAUUCUUUUUGAUAGCACAGGAUGCACGCCUUGAGUUAAUAUGAUAGAAGUAUGAAUGAGGAAGCAGUUGAGCAUUGUGAGAAGAAACUGUAUUUAAAUCAAAAUAGAUGGCUGCUGGUAGCAUUGAGAUCAAAGCAUCACUGCCCUUAAACGUAAA